GGGAGCUGCCACCACGUUACUAAAGGACGCAGUGAGAUUACAGCCUCUAAUGUGUCAACAAGGGCGGCACUGGGAUGACUAAUGACUGAUCAUGGAGCAUGAUGAUGAACUGAAUGACUUGCGGCUUCAGUUCCAAGCGCUGCAAAAACAGCAGGAGAAAAGAAAACUGGACGGGAAAAAGAAGAAAGAACCAGAUGGGCUUGAUGUCAAUGUUGGCCAGGAUGAUUUGGAUCUAUCUAAUGAAGGUAUUCAGGCAGACAAUCUCGAACACAGAUUGCAACAGGAUAAGAAUCAAAAUCAGAAUUUGCUGGACCAGCUGAGGGAGCUUAAGGAUGAAAAUGGUCGGCUCUUCAAACUCCUGAGUGAGAAGGAUUUUGAAAUAAAACACCUGAAGAAGAAAAGAGAAGAAGAACGACUGGCUUUAGCAGGCACAUCAGGCCUGGCAGGUGAUAUCGCAGCCACCAAGAUUGUUGAGCUGUCCAAGAAGAAUAGAGAGCUAACUGCUGAAAUUGAGCGAGAAAAGAUUAAAACCAAGCAAAACAGCAACAGAGUCAAAGAGCUCGAGAAAGAGCUGCAGGUGGCUUUGGUGCACUUUCCAACUGGGCAAAAUGUUGAUACAAAGUCACAGAAUAAGAGGUCGAUCGAAGACUGUGAGCAGGAAAAUCCAGCUGUGAAAUCUCUGCAGGAUAAAUUAGCUGCUGCCCAGCUGAAAGUGACUGAGUACCGCAACCAGGUUCAGUCUGCCAAACAGGAUUUGAAAGUAGCUCAGAAGGUUUUAAUCAGUGAGAUUGGAGAGGAGGUCAGCUUCCAGCAAUUACUAAACUGCCCUGGGAGCUUUAGAGGUCGCUCUCAGCAGAUAUUGGCUCUUCAGACGAGGGUGCGGGAUCUGGAGCAGCAGCUGAACCUGUCCACUCAGCGAAGACAGCCGAGCGUCCUGAGUGUAGAGGAAGAGUUUCUGGGCAUGGGGGUCCUUCAGAAAACCCCUCCACAAGACAGGAACAUCAGCUACAUCCGCACCAUCGAGAAGGAGAAAAGGGAGGCAUUUGAGAGGAUCUCAGUGGACUAUGAGGCCCUCCUGAAAGACCACGAGGACGUGAAGAAAAAGCUAGACGCGUCUAGAGCCAGGAACAAAUCUCUGUCUACCGAGAUGAAAUCUCUGAAGGCCCAGAUCUCCACCCUCCUGGAGAAGGGUAAACAUGAUGAUGAGCUUGUUGAUGCUCUGCUGAAGCAGCAGACUCAGAUGCAGGAGGUGCUGAGACGGAUCGGCCAGCAGCAGAACGUGCAGACCAAGGAGAUCCAGCAGAGUCCGAGACAGCAGCUGAGCAGUGAGCCUCCGGCGCACAACGCUCUCAUCCAGAACCUUAAGCAGAUAGGCGCUGAAAGAGAGGCCAGGAUCAAAGAGCUAGAGGAGCAGAUCCAGCAGCUCUCUGUCAAGGAAGAGGGUGCUGAGAGACAGUCCAGCCUCAAGACAACGAUUUGCAGUUCAGGAAUCACCCCUGAAGAGGGAGACAUCAACAAGAGAAUAACAUCUUCAGGUUCAAUAUCUAAGUUUGGUCAUAAACUGGUGCUGCCUGCUGUGGGAAGCAGUAUAGAAUUCAAGGGCCCAAGUUCUUCAAGAUGUCCACACUGUUCAGCUGAUGUGAGCGCCCUGAUGACCCAGUGUAAUGAAUACAAACUCCUCUGCUUGGACAAGGACCGGCUCCUUGAGAUGGUUCACGUCCUACAGACAAAAGGGACUGAGAUGAACCAGAGGUUUUUGGAGGCAGAACAGAAGUACGAGAAGGAAUGCCGCAGGGUAGUGACGGAGCAGCAGCUGGAGAAGACAACAUUUGAUCCAAAGUAAGGACUGUGCAAGAAGCAAGGGAAGCACAGCUAUGCCAAGCAGGUUUUCAUAUUUAUCUUUUUUUUUUUGUGCAAUUUUCGGACUCAAUCUCUCCCAACUCUGUCUCGCUUCGGGCUAUCACGACUCUGUCCCCUGCGCAGUGUCCCUCAGGGUGGCGGAAGUUGCUGAGCAACGGGAACCGAAUAGACAAACUGAAAACACUGUCCAACAAAUCGGUUGUCAUUUGUUAACAUUAUGUUUCCAGCUUUGACGACACACAAGUAGAAUUUUGAUUUUCCCCAGACGACAGAAAUAAUGAUGCAAGCUGUCUAUUGCUCAUUCCAAACGUCAUGUUUAGGCUGCACAGAUGUUUAUGUUGCUCGUGUAGGUUGUGUCCUGGCUGGCCACUUAGCUGGAGGAAUACAUAGGUGCCGAGGGCAUCGCUGAAGAGGUCUCUCCACCAUGACCUGUGGCUCUGCAGUGACGUGAUGAGACAAGCCAAGCAUGUUUUCCUGCAGGCUCUGUGACAAGCGCAGACUAGACACUAACCAGGAGAACUGGCUGGUUCCUGCUCAACCUCACGUCCAGCUGAGCCCUACCUUCUCCUGUCACAUGAGACAAACAGCAGCCUGCAGAAGAAAAAAAAAUGCUCUCCUUUUCUGCCACACAGACAUCAUACGGAUCUCGCUUUCUUUCCCCAUUUGAACCCUCAAAGACAGUUUGUGUUUCUUCCGUGGUGCGUUCGGCAACCUUGGUUUAACUGCUGGAGUAUGGAGCUUUCAGCUUAACCCUGAUGGCAUCGGACACGUGUUCCUACCGAUGACAGAAAUGUUUGAUGCGGAUUGUGUCUGCUUGCUGUUUUAUAAAUGUCACUGUCACAUUUGGUUAAAUCAAUGUAUGUAUUUUCCUCCGCUGGUAACCUUACGUGCAUUACAGGUAUAGAGAGCAACAAUGUCUGUUUUUAACAUAUUUUUGUAAGCUAAUUAAA